UUGUUAGUGAACAGCGCGCCUCCGGGCUCAAGUAACUAGGUUUUAGGAAAACUCAUUGACAACAGUUCCCUUGCGCCAGAUUAUCAGUAAAUAUUGCUGCUUUCAUGGUACACCUUUGCCUUACUGGAUAGAUAUAUUUUGCGCUUAUUAAAAUUCACAUAGUUAUAGGCCAAAAAUAAUAACUGUCAUAUAUGCACGGGAUACGCCCGGCGACCUGGACGAUAUGUCUUUUUCUGUCAAUACUUUAAGUGGUUUCUUUGACGUAUUUGAAUACUAAAAAUAGAAACAACGUGGAUUAUUUUCUUUAAUGGGAGAUAUUGGAAGGUAACCUGCAUCAAGUGUUUUUUGUGAGACAGAAAUCAUACUGGUUCGCGUAUUAAGUCGGUUUCUUUUCCUAACCUCUAAAUAAUUCAAGUUGGGACACCUGCCUUAAUUGCUUACCUUCGAUUAGAAAGGUAGCAGCACCAUACCAGACUGUGACACUGGGGCCCAGAAGAAGGAAUUGUGUGGCAUCUUGCGAACACAGAUUCUUUUGGUCGUGCUGCAGCUUACGUUAUGACCGAAGCAAUCUUUGGCAAUGGCACAGAUCAGUGGGUGUGCCCUAAUGACAGACAGCUUGCCCUUCGAGCUAAACUCCAGACAGGCUGGUCUGUGCACACUUUCCAGAAUGAAAGGCAGAAAAAAAGUCAGAGCCUUAGUCAAAAUGAGAUUGAUAUCAUUGUUCAAGUCAUCAAAAGAGCUGAAAAACUUGAUCUCUCAGAACAACAAAGAAUUGGCCGUCUUGUUGAACGUUUAGAAAACAUGAGAAAGAAUGUGAUGGGAAAUGGGAUAUCACACUGCUUCUUGUGUGGAGAGUUACUCGGCCUUCUUGGGAGCACAUCUGUUUUCUGCCAGGACUGCAGAAAGAAAGUCUGCACCAAAUGUGGAAUUGAAACAUUCAACAGUCAGAAGCGAUCCCUCUGGCUUUGUAAGAUUUGCAGUGAGCAAAGAGAGGUCUGGAAAAGGUCUGGAGCAUGGUUUUACAAGGGAAUGCCAAAGUACAUCUUGCCAUUAAAAUCUUCAUUGAGAAGCAGUGAGCUUCACAUAAGGCCUAUACACACUGAACCAAGCCUUCAAGACAAAAAAAGUGUGGCAGCAAACCAUUCAUACAGCUGGGCCAAGGGGAAGGGGAUUUCCAGCGACAGUGAGAGUGAAUCAGAACAUAGUUCUUCUAGUCUGGAAGAUAAACUGCCCAUUGGUUCCAGGAGCAACAAAAAAGGAAAACAUGGAGAAAACACUGUGCUGAACAGCUUAGACUAAAUAGUUGGAAUUUCUGUCAAGAAGAAGGCUGGAACUUGCAUAUUGUGCAUCUACCCAUCUCCAUCUGCAUGAGAAAGGGACAAAGAAAGAAUACAUGCUUGUCGUUGACUAUCCAAGAACUACCAUUCAUCCAUGGCUUGACUGAGACUUCAUCAGACUGACCUGAAUCAUCUUUUGCAUGUAUAUAGGAUCUAGCAACUAAAUUUCAGUCAUAUGCUGCUGUGUGAAUGGAAGGCAUUUAGUAGGUAAUGCCCAGUGUUAGACCCUUACCAGAAAUAGCAGUUAAUCUUUCAACAUUACUGGCAGAUUCCAGCCGCAGACCACAGUGUCUGUGUAAGUAAAAUGAUUAGACAGUAUAUAAAUUGUAUACUAAUGAGUAGUCAUUUUUGUUAACACUGUGUUGUCAGCAGAAGUGUCAGUAUGAUAUUAAAUUCAGUUCUCUACUGUGGUAUGUGAUUAUCGGUUGCUUAAGUCUUUUUCCUGUUUGCUGUGCUCUCUGUAAAAUGUUCCAGUGCCUUAUAAAAUAUUUGCUAGCUAACUGCCAGUACAGAGCUGCAAACCACUUAAUUUGUUACAAUCAAAAUUCUCGUGGAAGACACAAAUAACCAGGUUCAAAAUAAUUAUGAAAGCUUUUAAAAUAAUCCAAGGAAUCUAAACGUUAUGACAAUUCUGAUUUAUAUGCAGAAUAAGUUUUUAAAAAUAAUUUGUAAUAGAGAGACCAUUGUGAGCAUCAAUAAAGAGUACCAUAAGAAA